UUUCUUUUCGUAAUAGUCUUUGUCUUCUAUCUAUAGGACAUCACGCGAGAUAGAUCUAGCUGAUUAGCUGACAUUCUUUCACUUUUCAGUGUGCUUUUACAAUGGAAGCUCUUUUCAUUGACAUGGAGUUCGCAAGUUUAACAUCUUCUUAUCGUGAUUAAAACGUGUACAUUUUGUUAUUGCUUACAAUUUUUGGUUUCGAAGAAAGUUGACAAGAUGUCUGAGGACAAGAAGACAUUCUCCGUUGCAGACUAUAUUGUAUUUAUUGCCACUUUGGCCAUCUCAGCCGUUAUUGGAAUAUUUUAUGCCAUCAAAGACAGGAGGCAACAGAGUACAAAACAGUUUCUUAUGGCUGACAACAGCAUGAGGUUUCUGCCCAUUUCCUUAUCGGUCCUGGCCUCGUUUUUCUCAGCAUCAACUUUGCUCGGAACUCCAGCAGAAAUUUACCAGUUUGGAACGAUGUAUUGGAUAUCCGCGUUUGGCGCCGUUUUUGCGCCGUUGGCAGGAGCGCUGUUGUUUGGGCCAAUGUUUUUUCGUAUUAAAGUAGUUAGUGUCUUUGAGUAUUUAGAGCUGAGGUUCCACUCAAAGUUAGUCAGAUUGUUUGGAGCUUUCAUAUUUCUUCUCAGAGCGACAAUAGGUAUGGGUAUAGUGCUGUAUGGCCCAUCAACAGCUCUAAGUGCAGUGACCGAGUUCCCAACAUGGGCUGUGAUUGUCAUCGUAGGAGUUCUCUGCACUUUUUACACCAGUAUUGGUGGACUAAAGGCUGUCAUCUGGACUGAUGUGUUCCAGACUCUGGUCAUGCUGGCUGGCAUGAUGGCUGUUCUAAUCAAGGGUUUUAUGGUCUCUGGAGGAGGUGAAUCAGUUUGGAACAUCAACUACCAAGGAAUGAGGAUCGAAUUCUUUAAUUUUGAUUUUGACCCCAGAGUCAGACACACGUUCUGGGCGCUGCUCAUCGGUAUUUUCUUCAUCUGGCUACCCCCGUACACAGUGGACCAGCAGAUGGUGCAGAGGUUUUCAUCGGCCAGGUCACUCAGAGACGCUAAAAUAGCCCUGCUACUUAAUGUCCCUGGAAUGUUUAUAAUGAUCAGCCUCUGCUCACUGACUGGCCUGGUGCUCUUUGCCCACUUUGCUAAUUGUGAUCCUCUGAAACAGAAGAAGAUUGGAAACCCAAAUCAGCUAUUACCUUAUUAUGUUAUGGAAAUUCUUGGAAAUGCUCCGGGAAUUCCAGGUCUCUUUGUCUCCAGUCUGUUCAGUGGAGCUUUAAGUUCUGUCUCAUCCAUGCUGAAUUCAUUAUCCGCAGUCACGUGGGAAGACUUUAUGAAACCUCACAUGAAGUCCACAACAGACGCCAGGGCUACACUCAUUACCAAAUGUUUAGCUGUCGUUUACGGUGCUAUUGGAAUCGGUGUUGCCUUUUUGGUCCAAGAAUUAGGAGGCACUGUUUUACAGAUAUCUCUAACUCUUAACGGUGCUGCUGGUGCUCCUUUGGUUGGUCUCUUCAUUCUUGGUUCAUGUUUCUCAAGUACCAACUCCAUCGGUGCUUUGGUUGGCGGGGCGCUUGGACUUACGUUCUCCCUGUGGCUUAGCGUUGGCGCCUACCUGUCUAAACCAGUCACCAACAGGCUCCCAGUAACUAUGGCUGGUUGUAAUAUCAGCACUAAUGAAACUUUUUACUUCUACCAUACCGAAGACUACCUUAACUAUACUCGGACCAGUGUGGACACACUGGAGGGCAUAGACAACUUCUACGGACUGUCAUAUCUCUGGUUCUCUGCACUUGGCAUCGUGUCAUGUGUCAUUGUCGGACUUAUUGUCAGUUGGAUAACAGGUCCAACUAAAGACGUUGAUCCAUCCCUACAGCUUGAAAUCUUCAGGAAAGUUAGGUCCCUUUGUUCACAGGCCAAAGACUCGAUGACUCUAUCACACAAGGAAGAGAGCUCCACUCUGAAUGGAAACACAAUCAAAGAUAUAAAAGAAAGUUUUCAAGUCAAAGGAUCCACGAAGCUGUAGUGAUGGCAGACUUUACUAAUCACUAUAUUAACCCAUUGUAUCAAGAUGUUCAGGAUACAAAACAUAUGAAGUGAAAAAAACAAAACAGAAUGCAAGAAACAACUUAUUAAAUAAAUAAAUAAAUAUACAUAUAUAUAUAUAUAUAUCAAACACUCACGUGCAUGAAUGUAUAAAUUAAGUUUUUUUUUAAACCUAAUGAAACAAUAACAUUCAUA